GUUUGAGCAGCUGCGUUGUUGUGAGGGUCAGUUGAGCCGGCAAAAUUCAAUCAUUUGGAUACUGCAGUUGUGAAGUGACAUUGUGUUGGCUUAAUUGAUUUUUAAAGUCCAGUUUGCUUCUUUUCAUUGAAAUAACUUAAGGCAUUCACAUGCUCAAUUCUGUAUGGAACUUAUGUCGUUCUUGUCCUGUGCCGACGGAUGAAAAACCAUUACAUACAGAAUAUAAGCGAAGUUUCACGUGGCAUUCAAACCCAGACGAUGUGGUUCAAAAACCCCCAGAGAGUGAUAGAAAAAUGGAACCAGCAAUUUCAAGAAAGAAAAAAUAUCCAGACCUGGCUUACAAACACGAAUUUAUUUUAUGCAAUGGUGAUGAUGGAGUUGAGUCUAGUGAAUCUCAAGACACAGGCAGUGGUAGUGGAGGAGAUUACUCUGAACAGGGUACUCGAGCUCGGCCCGUAGAAAGGAUCACCAAAGGAUCAUUUCGGAGUAAGUCAGCUGAUCCAGGACUAGAGCGACGUAUCAAACUCAUGGUUCAGAGCUAUCCUCCUUCUCGGCUACAUAGGAAUCCCACACUUACUGGGGAUGCACCAAUUGUUCCCAAGGCAACAGAGUAUCGAUCAAAGUUUGCUUGGCCUGGAGAUGGACCAGAGCUAACUGAAGCACACAGGAUAGCUUACUCGGGAUUAAAGUUGACAGAAGAUAGGAGCUCUGAUUCACAAGAAGGGCAGAAUGGUGAAGAGCAAACAAGUUCAAGGAAAAGAGAGAAGAGGACAGAAUACAAGUCCAAUUUUCGACCAUUUUCAUCUUAUGUCUAUGUGGAUGGCAAUUGGAAGAAAACCCAUAAACUAAGGGAUGCUGAAGGAAAACUGCUAGAUGAAACAAACCCAUGGUAUUCUGAAGUUGUAGAACGGAUAAAAAAGGCUGAUGAGUACCGUGUUAGAUCCCAGGGGACACCUUUCUAUGGAGAGCAGUCCCCCUUGAUUCAAGGAAAACCCGUGGAAGGGGAUAGUCCUCUUUCUACUGAUGUUCUGAUUGCCAUGUCAAGGCCAUUGUUUCGUGAGGAAAAGCCAAUCAGUCCCAGAAAACGUUCAGUCUCAGCUCACCCUCCAGCUGUGGUACCAUUGCUGCAGACUGGAGAAAGCAGACAGAAAGAAGAAUCUUUGUCCUCUUCUCGUUCUGUAAGUUCAGAGCGAAAGAAAGAGAGAACUCCUGAAGGGCGACAUGAAACCUCUCCUCGUCGACAGCCUAGAACCUUCAGAGAAGGACUAUCUACCAAAAAGCCUGUUAGACCAGCAUCUGUGCCUCGUGGUGAACCGUCCAUUAAAUCAACCGGUACAACAACUCCACCAUAUAGUAAGCCCCGUCCUGUGCCUCGUCAAUCACCAUACUCCACAGUAAAUGGAGAGGAUACAAAGUUGUGGGUGAAGCCAACUACAGCAGACCAGGAGAAGAAGAAGGAUAUAAUAAAUGGAGAAAAACUAGAAAAAUAUUUUGAUGAAGGAGAUGGAGUGAAAGAACCAUUAGAAUCAGAAGAAAAGGGAAACCAUGAAAUGCCCCUACAAACUAAAGAGAAAGAUACAGUUCGUCCAAGUUUUCUACAAGAAACCAAUGGAUUCAAUGGAGAUGCUGAAUCUAAAAGUCCUUCACCCAUUCCUGAACCUCCCACUGGGCCUGUUCCCUUGACAACAGUCAUGUCACCUGAAGAGCUUACUGGAGUGAAAUCACCAGUCCCAGAAACCUGGACAGUGCCACUUGAAACAAAGAAAGAGCUUGAGUGGACCAACUGUUAUACUGCAGCUGAUAUAAAGCGAAUGAAGUGUCCUCCAGACCUGCUAGCCAAGUCGAAACUACUCCCUGAAAAUGGUGAACUUAUUGAAUCAGGUGUUUAAACCUCCUAGAACUCCCUUCAUCCAGGUCAGAGAUUAACUCCCAGUGGCAACAACUUGACUUUGAAUGACGUAGACCAUGCACCUUGUAGGAUAUACAUUUCUGAAACAAGAGCUUAUGUCACUUGACUUGCCCUUUUCAUCUCUUCCUCCUCACUUUUACAUCUAUUGCUAAUUCUUAAGGAUGUUGUUGUUAAUGUCAUUACAUUGCCAAGGCUUUAUAUUUGCAGUUUCAUGCCAUAUCACAGUUAUUUUGUAAGCUUUACUAGGUGUUAAUAUUUAUGGCCAAUUUUGUACUUUAAACUAUUAUCCACAGUAGCUAAUGUUAAAUGCAAGUUCCUAUAACAUUAUAUAUUAUUAUUGCUGGGGUUAUGUUUGCAUGCACAGUACUUAUACACAUAUAUCCAGAGGUGACUUUUUAUUUUUCUGUGAUAUUUAUUAUAUGUUUUGAAAGUAAUUUGUAAUUUUUAUUUAUACUAUCAGUCAAAGAAAAGUGAUUGUGUAAGUCAAAUUAACUACAUGAAAUGGAAUUUAUCUUAAUGUUACAAAUUGAUAUACUAUUUGCUAAUUAAAAAAAAAAAUUUAAGCACUUAAUUUUAAAUUUGCUUCAAUAAUAUUUUGCCAGUAAAUGUUGGGUAUUUAAAUUUGCCUCCACUUAGUAGUAAAUUAUUUGAACACUAGGCUGGCCUAAUAAUGAACUAAGCAAUAUUAUGACCGUGGGGUUGGCAACCGAAUGUGAUUCUUUGACUGCACGCAUUUGGAUCCUGUAUUCUUGCUGUCAAACUGAUGUUGCAUACCAAAAAAUUUUCCUUUAAACUUUGUGAAAAAGGUUUGACUACAUAACCUGCUGUGGUUGGCUUUCCUUGCAUGUCAGUUAUGGUAAGAAUCAGUAAGCAAACCCCAUGUACUGUGGCUUUUCAAACUUAUAGCUAGCUGCCACACCCACACACCCCAAAAAAGGCUCUUACUCUAUGAAAGGUUGCCGACCCCUAUUCUAGCCAAUCUCAGCUAUACACUUAGUGAAUUUUCUUCAAUAAAGUCACAUUAUAAAAGGCAGUUUUGGGCCAAUCUCAUUAAAUAAUUUGAACAAUAACUGUACUGCAUAGAUUGUGUAGCCACUGAAGUCAGCUAAGACUCGUUGCAAGAAAAACUACUAUGGUUGCUGCAUUUUUGAGUAAUUAAAUAGAUUUUUUAAUAUCCAAGUCACUUAUUCUUCCAGUCUUCUCAGACACACACUAAAGUAAUAAAACUUUUACUGAGUAUGUAUGUGUAUAUAUAUACAUAGCCACACACACACACACAUCACAAGUAUGAGAUGUUUACAUUUUAGGGAAAAUAAGUGCAGUUUCAUCCUUUUAUUAGUAUAUAAAUAUAUACUGGUUGUUGAAUAGAAAUUUGUUUUAAACAUGGUUUUAUUUAUAGAAAAAUAAUCUAUUAUUAGAAUUAAAAAGUGCUAAAUCCAGGGACCUUAAUAUAAAUAUACCAAAGACAGCAGCUAUGUUUUAUGUAAUACAGAAGCUGAAGUAGAUUUAAAAUAUCAGUUAGUAAAGUUCUUUUAUUAGAAUUUUAUGAUAGUUUGUGAUAUUAUUUUGAAGUACCGACCUAGUUAGACAUUUUAUUUUCUCUUUCACCAUUUUAGGUGAAGUUGAUUUGUACAGUUAUUUUAUUUAACUGUUGGUCCAUGAUUUUCAAUGGAGUCCAUUUUUUACAUACACAACCCUUCCAGAGUUAUUAACCAUAAUUAAAUGGCACUUUCUUAUGAUUUGUCAUCAAAGCUUCUAUAACUUUCUCGGUGAAACAUUAACAUUGAGCAGAAAGUUAUACAAGUAGAUUUGGCUAAUUUUAUGCUCUAAAUAAACUGAAUAGAAGUGACAGAUGGCAAUCAGUUUAUACCUUGUAAUUCUUCCAGUAUUUUCUACCUAUGAAGGUACUACACCCUAAGCUUGUAAGAAAUUUAAUUUGUUUAUGCAGAAACUGCAGCAUGCUAUUUUUUUAAAAAGAUUGAAGUGGAUAAGGCAAUAAUUUAAUCAAAAGUAAACACACCUAAAAUGCCUUUAUGAAAUUUAUUAGUUGCUGAAAGAAAGAAAAAUUAACCAAUGAACAAAAGGUCUUGUUUAUUUUAAAAAUUGUUCGUCUGAUGUCAAGAUCUUUGUGAGAAAAUAAAGAGUACAUUUUGUAAGAUGUUAAAAUGAACAGCUGCUGCUGAAAUUGCUAAAAUGCUUUUCAUGUGAUGUCAUUGUUCUUCAAGUACUGAGAACAUUACAGGACAAAUACUUCUUCAGAAACAAUGUGAGAGAAGUUAGAUUGAAGUGUGAAAUAUGCAAAACAAAAUAUGGUCUAAAGCUUUCUGCUUUACAAUUUGUGAAUACAGUGAAUAAAAUGACAAAGAUUAAAGUAAACAUUUAAAUAGUGCUUAUUUUAGUUGAGUUUUUUGUACACUGCAACAGACAAUGAGUUAAAAUUUGUUUAUUUUUACAUCUUUCUCAUGUAAUAAACAAUUAUAAGAUGUUUGUAAAGCUAGUUUUCUAAAAUGGAAAAAAACUCAAAUAUUUACUUCAUUAACUUUGAUCCGUUAAUUUUUGUGAAAGACUUAAAGUAACAAAAUAAUCAUAAAUUUCAUUUUGCAUUUUAAUGGAAACUAUGUAAUGUGGUGUAAAAAAUGUUCUUUUACCAUUUCUCUUAAAUUUCUGCCAGAAUUGUUGUAAUUUCAGUUACUGUAUAGUUCUACUUUACUGUUGGAAUUGGUGACUAAUAAACUAAGAACAACAAAUA